AUCAUCCCCUAAACAUCUCAUAUGCUUCAAGAACUGGACUGGUGACAUGGUUAUGGAAAUAAUAAACAGUGCACUAAGUUUAAAGUGCAAUUUAUGUGACACACAUGGGAAGCGAUUGGAUUUGUUGGAAAAUUCAAAGAUAAUGAUACUACAAGAAGUCAAUGCACCAGUGUUAAACAUGGCUGUCUCCAAAGCAGCAACUUUACUUGGCGCUGAUGCUGUUAAUAUUGUUGAUCGACUGAUUUGGAACCAUGAUUAUAAUGGCCGAGUUUUUUCAUUUAUGGCGGAUGCGAUUUUCGUAGCAACAUCCACACAUUCAUGCCUUCAAAGGUUUGCGCAGCAAUCUUCGGUGCCCGUGAUUUGUAUGACAUCUAGAACACAUUCGACUAUACAAGCAAUGGCUACUAUCAUGACAAUUAUUGAAGAAUUUGGGACAAUUAGAAAAUUAAACAUAGCAUAUUUUGGCUCUCCACAUCCAGUUCUUAACUCAUAUUUGUUGCUUUGUCCAAUCCUUGGAGCUAAUAUCAAAUUUAAAUGUUGCUGUUCUAAGCAACCAGUAAGCCCUCUCCUAUACAAGACUGGUGAGACAUUAUGUGCACAGUCCCAUACCAGCCUUGAAGCAUGCACAGACAAGAACAAAGCUCUUGGUAAGGCUGAUGUUGUAAUAGCAGGUCCAGAAAAUGUCAGAAAGUUGAGUGAAUUUAAGCUGUGUUACCAGGAUAUUGAAAAACUGGCUUGCCCCUCAUGGAUAUUUCUUCAUACUUGUCCAAGGGGCAAAGAGGUGGAUGACAACCUUUUUUUUCAUGAUCGUGCAAGAACAUUUGUAGCUUUUGAAAAUUUUCAAUACAUUGCUGCAGCACUUAUGGCUUCAGUUAUAAAGGACCAUACAUUUUGAAAUAAAUAAUUUAAUUAAAACUAGUAUAAUUGGUGGAAAC